AUUAGAUAGAUAAUGAAAUAUAUUUUUAUAUGGUACCUACAAAAUAUCAUAUUUGUUCAUAAAUUCUUCUAAAAAUUUGGUCAAACGUUACUUCGUUUGACUUUUUGAAAAAAAUAUAAGCCUUAAGCCUUCGGAUGGAGGUAGUAUAAAACUUGCAUGCCCGAACAUUCCGCUACAUUCUCCUUUUUCUGUUGCCUCUUUGACUCCCCCACUAGCCAUUGGCUUGGGCCUUCUUCGGCCAAGGCUGAUCGAUGUUUCAUUCGUAAAACGUAACUAACAAUGGUCACCCUCCCGCUCCCGCUCCUCAUUGUCAUCGCGCUCAUUUUCUCUGCGGCUUUGGCGCUCACCGCCGAGGAGGCAUCAACCAUCGGCCGUCGCCAGCUGCUCGCCAUCGAGCAGCACGACGACCACGUCCACAUUGACAUAAACAUCAAGAUCAAGAUCAGCAACCCUCGUCUGCUCGCGGCCCACACGGCCCUGCAAGCGCUGAAGCAUGCGCUCUACUCCGACCCCGGCAACUUCACCGGGAACUGGGACGGCCCCGACGUAUGCGCCUACAACGGCGUCUUCUGCGUCCCGGCGCCGGAUGACCCGUCGGCCAGCGUGGUGGCAUCGUUGGACAUGAACGGCGCGGAUGUGGCCGGUCAUCUGCCUAAGGAGAUAGGGCUCAUGAACGACCUCGCCGUCCUCCACCUUAGCUCCAACCGCUUCUGCGGGAUCAUCCCUGAGGAGAUCAAGAACAUGAUGCAACUCUAUGAGUUCGACGCCAGCAACAACCUCUUCGUCGGUCCGUUCCCUGAAACGGUGUUGCGUGUCCCAAAGCUCAGCUACCUGGACAUCCGGUUCAACGACUUCGAUGGCCCCAUCCCGUCGGAGCUAUUCCUGAAACCCUUCGACGCUAUCUUCCUCAACAACAACCGGUUCACCGGCGGCAUCCCGGACACCAUCGGCAAGUCCAAGGCUUCCGUGAUUGUGCUCGCAAACAACGAGCUCGGCGGGUGCAUCCCUCGGACCAUCGGCGAGGCUGCCACCACGCUCGACCAGCUCAUCCUCAUCAACAACAGCCUCACCGGCUGUCUGCCGAUGGAGGCAGGGCUUCUUAGCACUACGACGGUGUUGGAUAUCAGCGACAACGCGCUCACCGGGUCUAUCCCACAGACGUUGUCUGGACUAUCCAAGGUGGAGCAACUGGUCCUGUCGCAUAACAAGUUCACUGGGCAGGUGUCCAAGGGCGUGUGCGAGCUGCCUGCGCUGGCGAACCUGUCAGUCUCGUACAAUUUCUUGGGGCAGGAAAAUGGCGAGUGUAGUGUGGGCAUGGACAAGGCGUUCGAGGAUGAAGCAAACUGCAUGGGACAGGCAAGGCCCAGGCAGAGGAGUGCAGCCGAGUGCUUGCCCGUUGUUAGCAAUCUGGUGGACUGUACCAAGGAAGAACGUUGUGGAUGGCCGGGGCACAAUCUAGAUCCUCCAACACCAGUCAAAAGUCCCCCACCCGUGGCACCAAUGCUCUCACCCCCAGUUUUCUCUCAGCCACCUCCAGUUUACCCGCCAGCGCUGGAGAAAGCAUCCCGACCACCACCGACAAAGUCCCCACAGCCACCAGUAGAGUCCCCGCCUCCACCAACAGCCUCUCCGCCGCCGCCAGUAGCAUCUCCCCCACCACCAAUAGCCUCGCCGCCUCUGCUGAUAGCGUCUCCCCCACCACCGGCACCUAUAGUAGCGUCUCCACCACCGCCGGUCUUCUCUCCCGCACCACCGGCAGCAUAUCCGCCACCGCCAUAUUUUAAGCCAAUUAUCCUGCCGCCAGUAUGGGGUACAAAAUACUAGUCGCCACCACCGCCGCAAUUUCAAGGCUACUGA